AGAAGAGCAUCCUGGAAUCUCUGCUUUGCCUGUGUCUUGAACUGGCCUACUAUGAAGGCUGCCACUUAGGUUGAACCUCUUUGAAAAUGGCAUCCAUAUCUCAAAGGCACCAUUUGAAAACCUAGCUACCGUUUUAUUGGCUUCAGAAUAACGGUUGGGUGUUUAUUUCUCUCAGGAAUCAAUCAAGACUUAUCUUUAAAGCCUGGGCAAAUGAUGACAAGCUGCACCAGAGAAUCUUCCAGAAGCAUCCAUUGUCCUUUCAGAGACUGACUGGUGGGAACUUGGGAGACAAAUAAGGAGACAACUAAAACCCUAUCACUUUUGCUGUUAAAAUAAUAAAUUGCUAGGAGUAAUUUGUUAUAUCUUGAUUUGAGACAGGCUUUUAGUGAAUCCAGCUCCCUCAAAAAGAACCUCUUAAUAAAUACUGUCUGAAUUCUUAGGAUAAAAAUCCCUUUAUUUUCACAACAAUGCCAGAACGUGACACAAUAUGGAAAAACAAAUAAAGGAAACAAGAAUUCUGCCAAAUUUUGCUAUAACCUAAUGACUCACAUAUCUUUUUCAUAGGGCUGAGAUCCUUAAAUCUAAUAAACAGACAGGUUUGGUAUUCUGGGUAUCAAAAUCAUUUUAAUAUAUCCUGAUAUGGAGAAACCAGUUUAGGCAGGAUGCUUAAAUUAGGACAUGAUCCAUUUAAUUAGAGAUGUUUUCUCAUGUGCUGUAAAAACAGUUUCAAUCUCAGAUAGUUCCAGAUACUAGUUACUGGAAUCCAUGUGUCCUGGUUUAGAAAUAUGCCUUGAAUAUGCCUACAGGGUUUUUGCAUAUGAAUGGAAUUUAAAAAGUACAAAUAGUCCUUGACUUAGCAACCAUUUGUUUAGUGACUGUUCAAAGACAUAACGGCGCUGAAAAAGUGAAUUAUCACUGUUUUUCACCCUUAUGACCAUUGCAGUAUCCCCAUGGUCAUGUGAUCAGAAUUUGAGUGCUUGGCAACUGCCAUGUAUUUAUGAUUUAUCCCAGGGUCACAUGAUCAGCAUUUGUAAUCUUCCCAGCUGGCUUCUGACAAGCAAAGUUUAAACUCACCAAAUGGCAAGGCUCAAGCAAGCUUUGGAGACAACCUACAAAGUUAGCUAAGACCCCCAGCCCCUUGGAGUCUCACAAUCAGGAUACAUUUUUUAUACAGGAACAGGAAACACUUAGAGGUGGGGCCCAAGAGAGGGCAUAAAACCAAGCUCUUCCCUUUUGGUUCUUCACCGAACACCUUGAAACAUGUCAUCUCCUUUUCUGUUCAAGAACUGCAGCCAUAUGAUUCCUGUCCACCAUUAAGCCAUCUUUCAAAGCAGUCUCCAUGUUUCCAGUGUCUUUUUCCCCACUUGGAACUGAACCCAAUAGGAUAUUUCUUCCAACAAUACAUAUAUAUGUAAGAAGAACAAAAUGCACAGGAACCGUAUAUAUGAUACCUUGCUCAAUAGUAGUAACUGUGAGAGGGAUCUUGGAGUCCUAGUAGACAACCAUUUAGAUAUGAGCCAGCAGUGUGCAGCAGCUGCCAAAAAAGCCAACACAGUUCUGGGCUGCAUAAACAGAGGGAUAGAAUCAAGAUCACAUGAAGUGUUGUUUGUUUUAUUAAAAAGUGUUAUCAAAUAUUACAACAAUUUUUUCCCCGUCCCUCCUCCCCACCUUCCCUUUUACAGAUUACAAUCUGUAAUUAUACCUAACAAGAAGAACUCUGGAGUAAAUUUUAUCUUCUUUUUGAGAAUGUUUUGGAUAAUCCACCAUAUUUUUAUCCAAAAUGCCUUAAUUUUUUUACAUGUCCACCAUAUAUGAUAAUGCGUGGCAUCAUCACAUUCACAUCUCCAACACUUAGGUUGCACACUUGGAUACAUACAGGCUAGCUUUUUAGGAUCCAGAUGCCAUCUAUAAAACAUUUUAUAAAAAUUCUCUCUUAAAUUUUGGGCUUGGAUAAACUUCACAUUUCUAACCCAUAUUUUUUCCCACGUUUCCAUCAUUAUUGGUUCUUCAAUAUUUUGUGCCCACUUUAUCAUACAAUCCUUAACUAACUCCGUUUCCGAAUCUAUUUCUACCAAUGCAUUAUACAACCUUUUUAUAUGCAUUUGACUUUGAUCUCUAAUUCGUUUUACCAAGUUCUCCUCAUUUUGCAAGAUAGCAAUUUUCUGAUCUUCUCUCCAUCUAGCUUGCAGCUGUACAUACUGGAACCAUGUUUGAAUUAUCCUUUCUUCUCUUAAUUGAUUCAAAGAUUUUAAUUGUAGUAUACCUCUUUCCUUGUUAAGAAGCUCUUUGUAUGUAGUCACAUCUUGUUUUUGCUCUACACUUAUAUUCUCUAUCGCGUGUCUGGGUAUUGCCCACAUUGGUAACUUCUCGUUUAAUUUAUACUUAUACUUUUUCCAGACACGCAAUAAAGCAUUCCUUAAUAUGUGACUUUUAAAAGUCUUAUCCACUUUCUUAUCAUGUAAUAAAUAAGCAUGCCACCCUCAAUAUUCAAUAUUCUUUCUUCUGUUGAAUUCAUCCAGUCACUCAUUGCUGAUAGGGCAGCUGCCUCAUAAUAUAGUCUUAAGUUGGGCAUUUUGAGACCUCCUCUUUCACGUAUAUACUGCAUUAUUUUUGCUUUAUUCUCGGUCUCUUCCCUGCCCAGACAAAAUUAUUAAUACCCUUCUGCCAUAUCUUCAAAUUUUCAUCUUUUUAAAAUAUUGGUAUCAUUUGAAAAAGAAAUAAAAACUUAGGCAAAGCAUUCAUUUUUACUGCUGCUAUUCUUCCCAACAAAGAUAAUUGUAUUUUUUUCCAAUUUUCCAUCUCUCUCUGUAUUUUUUGCCACAACGGAUCAUAAUUAUGCUUAAAUAAUUUCGCAUCUGAUGUCGUAAUGUAAACCCCUAAAUACUUAACUUUUUUAACUAUUUCAAACCCUGUUAGUCUUUCUAAUUCUUCUAUUUGAUUUGUAGUCAUGUUUUUAGUUAUUAUCUUCGUUUUCCCUGCAUUUAUUUUAAAUCCAGAUACUUGUCCAUAUUGAUUAAUUAUAUCCAUUAAACCUACAACUGACUGUAAUGGUUGGGUUAAAGUAACAACCAAAUGGUCUGCAAAUGCUUGUAGUCUGUAGUCAUACUGCCUAAUUUUAAUUCCAAUUAUUUUUUCCUGUAUUUUACUCAGCAAAAAUUCCAAAGUCAAAAUAAACAAUAAUGGAGACAAGGGACAUCCUUGUCUUGUUCCUUUUUCUAGCUCCCACAAUUGUUCAUGAUACCUGCUGAGUGCAGUUGGUCAGCCAAUUGCAAAUCUAUCUGGUGGUGAUGCUGUCUGUCCUACAUUUUUAGAAUCAUCCAAUUUAGGGUCACCUCAGGUCUCUGUUAUUUGCUUUCAGGUUCUUUAGUUGCUUUGAAAUAUGGACAGAUGUUGUAAUGGCUCUUUUCAAGGCUGCAGGUUGCAUACCAGAGAUAGUGACUGUCCUUUGCUCUAGAGUUCUCUCACCCCAUUUGAAAGACGUUCUCUGUUUUUCCAUUUCUCUGAUAUUGGAGCUUUUUGCCAAUACUUGCAACUUCCUCCCCAUUUGUGGACAGAAUCCAGUUGGUCAAUGCACCUUCCUGCAAUAUAUAAAGUUGCUCUUUUCAUGAUCAUUUUUUUGUGUGAGCAGGAUACAGCCUGGUCAUCUCAGAAGCUGCUUUCUUCUUUCGAAUAACAAAUAGUCCCGUUAAAUCUGACAAGUGAAUCCACCGACUCGUCCUACUGUUGCAAUGCCUUGUCUGCUAUGCCCAUCUCUCUUGUACUGCCUCCUCCUCCUCCACUUUCCGCUGGUUUCCAGUUCUGCUUCUAAUGGGGACACAGUGGUCAGAACCAGCAGUGGCCCCAUUAAGGGCAAGCAGUUCCUGGCUGGCCUUGGAUCUGUGACAGCCUAUCUAGGCAUUCCUUACGCUGAGCCUCCCCUGGGGAAGUUGCGUUUCCAGAAACCUCUUCCACAUCAGCCAUGGAAGCAAACAUGGGAAGCCACCAGCUUUGGCAAUUCCUGCCCUCAAUUUAUUUUCCGGGAUGUCCCUGAAGCAGAGAUAUGGUUUCCUAAAACACCACUGUCAGAAGAUUGCCUUUCCCUCAACAUCUGGGUGCCACACCCACAACCUUCUUCAACAGUCCCUAUUUUGGUCUGGAUACACGGAGGGAGUUAUUUAAUUGGCACGUCUUCUCUGGAGUUGUACAAUGGGGCAUCCUUGUCUGCUGCUGAGAACGUCAUUGUGGUCACCAUCAAUUAUCGCUUGGGAGCCCUGGGCUUUCUGUACUUGCCACCAGCUGUUCCAGGGAACCUAGGCUUAUGGGACCAACAGUUGGCCCUGAAGUGGGUAAAAGAGAAUGCAGCUGCCUUUGGGGGAGAUCCUUCUCGGGUGACCAUUUUUGGCCAGAGUGCUGGAGGAUCUUCUGUGAAUUUCCAUCUUCUUGCACCAAAAAGCCAGGACCUUUUUGCCCAAGCGGUGAUCCAGAGCGGAACAGCCAAUGCCUUCUAUGCUUGGAGGUCUCCUGAGAAAGCCAAACAAAAAUCACUGGAAUUUGUUCAUCUACUAGGUUGUUCCGAGGACAAUAAUAACAGCAUAGUGCAUUGCCUGCAAUCAAAAAAUGUUUCUGAACUUAUUCAACAUGAAAUAGCUCUAUUAUUCAAAGGUGACUUCUUUAUGAAUUUUCCCUUCAGCCCAACCGUAGAUGGGGAGUUUUUGCUUGGUGAUCCAGAAAAGCUCAUGGAGAAGGGGCAAAUUCAGGCCAAACCAGUCCUCAUAGGUGAAACCUCUGAUGAAGGGGCUCCUUUUGUCUACUAUGUUUUCCCUAACAUCACCCACAAUCUUAUCAACCAGGAGCAGCUUUUGAAAGGGAUAAGAAUGUUGGUGCCAAAUGCAACUGAAGAUUUUAUUCGGACUAUUGCACUGAAGUACAGUGAAGGAAAUCACGGCCCAGCACAAUACCGCUCCGCUAUGUCCCACUUCUAUACAGAUCAGAUAUUUGCAUGCCCAGUGAGGGAAGCUGCAGGAAAUAUCAGGAAAACUGGGAGUCCUGUAUAUGCCUAUUUAUUUGCACAUCGCCAUUCAGGGUCAGUUUGGCCUGAAUGGAUUGGGGCAAUUCACGGUGCUGAGAUUCCUUUUGUUUUUGGAACCCUUCAAUCAAUGCUGCCUGCCAAUCAAACAUACACAGAGGCUGAAGCCAGGCUGAGCCGUAAGAUGAUGUACUACUGGGCAGAGUUUGCCAGAACAGGGAAUCCCACGGGGUUAGCAGCCAGCAAGGAUGAGUGGGCACUCUAUAAUGCCACAGACCAGAAUUUCUUCCUUCUUAAUACUGAGCCAUUCCAGGAAAGGGUGAUAGAGCACUGUGAUUUUUUAAAGAGCCUUUUUUCAAAGGCUGAAGAGACACACAAGUCCGAAGGUGAUUCUGUUUCAUCGGACUAGGAAGAAGACAGCAGGAAUCAAUCAAGACUUCUCUUUAAAGCCUGGGCAAAUGAUGACAAGCUGCACCAGAGAAUCUUCCAGAAGCAUCCAUUGUUCUUUCAGAGACUGACUGGUGGGAACUUGGGAGACAAAUAAUGAAACAACUAAAACCCACAUCACUUUUGCUGUUAAAAUAAUAAAUUGCUAGGAGUAAUUUGUUACAUCUUGAUUUGAGACAGGCUUUUAAUUAAUCCAGCUCCCUCAAUAAAGAACCUCUUAAUAAAUACUGUUUGAAUUCUUAGGAUAAAAAUCCCUUUAUUUUCACAACAAUGUCAGAACUUGACGCAAUAUGAAAAAACAAAUAAAGGAAACAAGAAUUCUGCCAAAUUUUGCUAUAACCUAAUGACUCACAUAUCUUUUUCUUAGAGCUGAGAUCCUUAAAUGUAAUAAACGGACAGGUUUAUUCCAUCAAAGAUAACAUAUCAAACCAGUUUUGUCUUUUCCAGUUUCCAGUUGUAGAAAGUUAGCACCCACUCCUCUCUUAGAAGAAUGAAAGAUUUUAGGAAAUAUUAAAAAGGCAGAAUAUUAUAUUUCCCUGGAUGAGAAAUGGAGAAUACAUGUUCUUGAACAGGAAUAGGAAGUUCAGGUGCAAAGCCCAAGAGAAGGUAUAAAUACCCCCACUCUCAACUCCAUGUGGUCAGCUGCCCAGAACAAUAUGCUUGGUAGUUCUGCUUCAUCAAUAAAUGGACUCUCUUUCCAA